AUGAGAGAGAGUACACUGGAUAGAAUUGGUGAGAAUGAAGGAGUGGUUAGUAGAUUAAUAAGACAGGAUGGAGAAGGGAGUGAUGCAAGGCAGGCAUGUGAAUGCUGCACUGCGGUUAAGUUGGAUCUUUUGGGAAACCAACUGUCUAAGAUAUCUGAUUACCUGAAUAAACGUCUAGAAGGUUCGGCUGCUACAAAGUCUUUGAUCAAGUUAGUAGUGGCUAAGAGGAACUUUCUCUCCCAUGAGCAUGAUAAAAGGAGUGGUUAUGCUGGGCUGAGAUUGGUUGAUGGAGGGGAAAUAGUGGUAGGCGGUUGGUUAGAGCUUAUUUGGGUUAUAUUGGGUUAUUUCUGGCAGGGGUUAGUGAUGUUAAUGUUUAACAAUAUAAUGAUUUGGCUUGGAAUUGGGUUAUUAUUUGGACUGAUCUCGGCUAGUCAAGCUGUUCAAGGCUCAAGUAAGGGUGUAAAUUCAUGGUGUGAUAAUGGAGCUUGGAUGAAUAGAAUAGCCGGGGAGAGAAGUUGGUCUGCUUAUCGGAGACUAGAUCAGGAUGAAAUACUCCAGAAUAGAGACAAAUGUAUGAAGAAGUGCCAGGAAUUGAUGGACUUAUUGCAGCCGAAUCGAGAUCUCGUAGUGAAGGAAUUAGCAGCCGUUCGACAAGUUUUAGCUAAUGUUGAUCAAAGCGUUCGUGAUAAGAUUGAUCAGCUGCUGUUUAAUGAGUCAAGUCGGAAUUUGGGAUUAGGAAGACUACGGGGAAAUAAACCAACUGAGAAUGCACGGAAUAGGUCGCACUUAUCAGACCAGACAAGUGAUCUGGUUAGAAAAAAGACCAAUACUGAUCUUGUUGCACUAACUACAAAGCUUCAACGGUCUAUUGGUCGCCUAGCUGAAACACAAGUAGACCCGGACGUGCUAGCAACUUACCAGUCGCCUCAGUUAAGCGAGAUAUUAUAUAAUUAUGUGUAUCGGCAGAGUAGAGGUGUGGCCAGUUCCUCUUCUUCAACAAUAACUCCUGAAGAAGUCGCCAAGCUUAAGCAACAGCUAACUCAACUGCAUAAAUUAGAAAUAGACUUAUUACUGCUGGAUCUCAGCCAAUCCAGUCAAAUACAGAGAAAACAGACGGCUGAUCCAAGUACUGAGCAACGAGUUUUCUAUCAGAAACAAGACGAAGCAAAGUCAAUCAUUCAGAUUAAGAGAAGAGAGCUUGCUCUGAUACGUCGGUUGGAGAUGAUAGAAACAGCCCUAUACGAUCCACUGGCUACGAAACAAUUAGCCAGUGCGAUAGAUCAGUGCCGGGCUGACCUAAGCACGUUGCACAGGGAAUUGGAAAGAAUCACUCGGCCGGAUCGCUUCAAUCAGUUAGUAAAAGCAAACAUUACGUGGGCAGUUACUCUAAAGACGGCCUUUGAUAGUUGUUGGAAAGGUUUGGUAAGUACGGACUUGGCCACUCGGCAAGCUGCAAUUAAAACGGUCGUAACAAGGAUAGUAGAAGAGAAUUAUCUUCCUUCUUUUCACAUGGAUCUUAUCGAACAACAAAUAGCCAAACUAGAAUCGGUUCCAUUUUCAAGCUAUAAAACGCCCAGUCAGUUUCUAGCCGCACAAUAUAAGAUAUUCUUUCCCGCCGGUGUUCAACCAGACAUACUUGAAAUAGCCUGUUACAAUAUUCUUGGCCUCUGCUGCAAAGAUCUGUCCAUGGUAGGCUCUACCUCAUCACUGCAGCAGUUUAUGAAUGUCUUUGUCGGAUAUGCUUAUCUGCAGCAGUUUAGUAGCACAGACAAGGAGAUAAGAGACAGUCGUUUUUUCAUGAAUAACUUGGAGAAGUGGAUUACCCCUAUUGUUCUGCGGGAUGUAGGGAGUGCUGUCAAGAUACAGAACGUUCUCAAUCUCUUCUAUUACAAUAGCUGUGUGCCAGCGAGCAAAGGCGUUAUGAAUAUGCCGGAAGAGGUCAGUACUUUGGGUCUCGUGGAUGCGUUUAAGGAAAGCCUUCUCUUUACGCACUCCUUUGUUAGGGACGAUAUGAUCUUUCAAAAUGUAUACACCAGACUAUCCUUUCAAAGCCACAUUUUAGAGAACCCGCAAACAUUUGAAAUAGACGGGAUUCCCGUCUCAGAUACACUCUACCCGAUCAACAUUCUCCUCCAACACCAGGACCAAAUAGAUGUGCAAAUGAAGCAAAACAGGCGCAGCAAACUAGGCCCGGCCCUCUUAAUCAUGGCUCCCAAACCAACCCAAAUUCAAACCAGUUUGCUAAACUGCCAGGAGAACUUCGUCCUUUGCCAGCACCACGACAUCACUUUACAAUUGCACCCGAAUACAGAUGCGGUCCAAACGGGUCUUGAACUCCAAGCCGUUAAAGACAUACUUGCACCCUUUCUAACCCAGAAAGACAGAGUUAAUCUUCAAGAACUAACACUCCAGAGUUCAUCUGCUGUCCCUUCAAAUGAACCCAGUCUUAUGACGGUAUUAAAGCAAAAGCUCGCCCCCGCAAUCAACCGGACUCCCAUUAUGGUGCUUCCACACACCACCAUAAACCGAGCCGGAGAAGAGAUAGCCGACCCGCUUCAAGAUGAGCUAAGCAAUCAGCUUGCAUUCGCCCAACAACCACAAACAGAUGUUCUUGCUGAUAGUGAAUCAAAUAAGUCACUUUUAUUUGGUGAGGACGAAAUAGCCAAAAUCCUCGGUCUUCUAGAUGACUUCGAUAGAGAAGAGAAUGAGAAGUUUGCCGAGCAUAUUUACACGCAAGAUUUUAUUGAUUUCGAUGAGCUUUAUGAUGAUUAUGAAUAUAAUUAUCAGCACUCGGGCAAUAUUACCCAAAAAGGAAAAUUACUCGAUCCGGCAAGCACAAAUCCAGAAAAAAUUGAUGCAUCAUCAACAGACAUAUUAUCAAUGGCAUUAGCACACAAAAAACCAGUACUAACUCAACCCCAUUGGUAUGAUGAGUAUUCACAAACUCCCUUGUCUAAAUUAGCUACGGCACCAGCAUCUUUAUCCAAGCAACCACAGCUCAGCGGUGAUGACUACCAUUUGCCUAGUACUGACUUGCUUAGUAUCAAUGAGAUCGAGCCAGAGACUAGCUCUAAACACAAAACCGUCCAUAUAAGACUUCCAGAUCUCUCGGCUACCACCACAAAUGAACCUAAGAAAACAGCCCAAUCAACUCCACUAACACCACAACCCACGCCACAAACAAUAGAUCAGUUCGCAGAUAAACUAGCAACCGAUAUAACAAAGCUAGGCAUGGCCCAAGCCGCACAAACUCAAGUGAAGCCAACUCAAGUGGAGCCAACUCAAGUAGACCAAACUCAAGCAGAACAAACUCAAGUAGACCAAACUCAAGCAGAACAAACUCAAGUAGAGCAAACUCAAGCGGAACAAACUCAAGAAAACAAAGGCUCUGAGGCAGUUGUCACAUCCUCGGAGAAGAAAGACGAAGAAGAAGAAACAGAAACACAUGAUCCUCAGAACAUAAUCCCCGGAGGAGAAGAAGAGAAAGAUAAUGACAUAUUGCAACAGGCCCAUGAUCUUAUUGCCAAAGCAAACGAAAUAGAAAGGAGUAACCCCAUUCUAGCCAAAGCGGUCGAGUCUUUAAUCGAGGCUGGUGCAACUCUACUAGCUGUUUUCGCUUUAAUUACCGCCGGGAAUAUGCUUUCUUUCCCGGUCUUUGGCUUCGUUGCAGCAUUGGGAGUUAUGGCCUUAUCUCUGGUAUAUGUGGGUGUAGUUGCUCGCCAGGAGAAACCACCGCGCAUCGCUAGAAACUUCUUCUUAAUCUUAAACAUUGUCUUAGUCUUUACUAUUAUUAUGUGCCUUGGAUUGCUUUAUCGCUUCGAUUACCUUUCAUUAGGACAAGACACUGGCCUUACUCAUUGGCUCUUCCAAGGCUACACUGUGGCUGCGCUUGUAUCAAUUGUUAUGGGCUGGAUCGGCAGCAUGUCGCUUGGACCUGGUUGGAGUAAGUACCGACGACCUCUGCAGUAUGGGCUUUACAUUGUAGCAGCCCUUAUGGCCUUGCAUAUGGGUCUGUUCUUUAAUAGCUUUAUUGGCUUGGCCACUAGAUCAAUUGUUCCAGUUUCUUAUGCUCUGAUCAUGCCGACCGUGGUCUUCUAUGGCGGUACGCUAUUUAAUCCCAAAAGAAGCGAGCAACAAUACCAGCACGAUCUUCUUGACGGUGCAGAAGAUCCUAGUCGCAAGAUGCAUAGUCGAGCCAUUACUUCCUUUGUUGUUAUCAUUGCUCUAUCAAUCUCGGCUGUCUUUAUUCUUGCUAUCUUUGAAGAGCCAAUCCUUAAGAGUAUCGCAGCCAAGGUUGCUGCUAAAGGGGCCGAAGCCGCUGCCAACGUUGUUGGUUAA